CCGGUUCUUAAAAGCGAGUCGGACAUAGCUGUUCGCGAGGUGUGUGUCUCUGCUUGUGCACAUUUUUUAGCGUUGUCAGAGGAUUCUCUGAAGGCAAACUGAAUAUAGAUUUAAACUCGUUUGGAAAUAUUGCACAUGAAGAAGGUGGCGUGUUUAGCUAGCUACAGACAGUAAUCUGGAGAAAACCAUGUCAGUCACUGGGCUACCGGAGGAAGUGUGGUACCAUGUGUUUGAGUUCCUCUCGCCUCCUGAUAAGCUCAGCGUUCGUGCGAGCUGCAAGUUCUUUAAGAGGGUGAUAGACCGCCCUGGCUUGUGGAGGAACAGCACGGUGUACCUAGAAAAAAUAACUUCAUAUAAGUCUCAUUUCUGGAGGACUCUCAGCAAGAGGAAGACCAACUCGGUUGUGGUAUUAAAGGCAAGUGGUGUGAGGGAGUGGACGGAGCUGGGAUGCCGCUUACCCUGGCUAGCCUCACUCACUAUACAGGUGUGUGGUGACCCCGAAGCUCUUGGGACACUCCGUCGUUUAAAUAAGCUGAAGAGGCUUGAAAUUCGCCAGUGCCGCUGUCCGAGCCUUGCAGCUUCACUGCCAUCGCUGCUCCAGUUGACACAUAUCGGUAUAUGUGAGGUCGUUUGCGCCCCCAGAACGGACAUUAUUAAUGCUGUUUCCCAGCUCCCUAACCUCACAUCUCUUCACUAUCAUGAAAGCAAUAAACCUAUUCCUAAGGCAGCUCUUCACAAAAUCUUGCGGUGCCUACCAAACCUAAAACAUUUGUCUUUAAAAAUGGGAGCAAACCAAAGCCCUCUGCCCUGUGAUUACUUCUGUCCUGCUAAAGCGAACCAAAUGUCUGGUGAGCCAGUGUGUGGAGCUCUAGGCCUGACCAGUCUGGAGCUGCUGAACUACAUGGACCCCAUGCUCUCUCCAGUAGCCCUGCAAGGCCUACCCUCCCUCAAAAGUUUGACUGUGCAGUAUAGAGGCUGGACUCUAGAUUCAAGCCUGUGUCACCUUAAAACAUGGCUGUCAAUGCUGCCACUUCUCUCAGAGCUCAGCAUUUCUUUGGGGUAUCAGCUUGGUGCCUAUGCUAACUCGGUGCCUGGAACAGUGCAGAGCUUGUCGCUUAAAGGAGUGGUGGGGGAGCUGAAGGCCUUGUGGGAAAUGGCACAAAAGGUGCCUGAUCUCUUGUGCCUUCACUUGGACCUGUGCUGCCAUGAAAGGCACAGCUUUAUUGCUGAGGUUCCUCAGCUUUUCCCUAAGCUUCAAAUCCUGAAAAUUAGACACCACAAUGUUCCUGAAACAGAGUUUCUUCAGCUUUCACAGAUGUCCUAUCUUAAGUGCGUAGAGGUUUUAGAUCCUCACAAUUUGAGCCCCAAUUCAGCUCUAAUGGAUCUGACUCACAAACUGCACAUCCAGACCAACAACAGAGUCCAUGUGAUUUAUUCCUCAGAACCAAAGGAUCGAAAUGUUUGCUUUUGUGCAAAAUCUUGUUUCAAUUUUUCUGUUCCACCUUAAAUGGCGCCGCGUUACAUUCUGGCACCUCAGGCACCAUUGAAGGUGGAACAGGUAAAUUCGGACGAGAAGCUGGAGAACAAGAACCUGACUUCAUCUUCGUAAAAAGUAGACCAUUCAGAGACAUUUUAUAAGAAACUGUUGUACUUUUGUGUAAAAGUUUCCAGUUGGUGAUGCAAGAAAAGUGGCUACAGCUGAACUAAAUUUUAAAGCAGAAGAAAGUCUGCAUUGUUGUUUAUUAUAUUUUUACUCUACACUAGGAAAUUUGCAUGUACUGAGACACACGUACAGCCAAGAUGGUAAAAUGGACUCAAAAUGUUGUGGCUCCCAAGGUGGUUUGAUUUGUUGAAAAGACAAAAUGACUCUUACUAACAUUUGGUUGCCGACCCCUGCAAUAGCUUUUAUUGUAGUGAAGCGAUGUUUUUAAUGAAAAUUUAUUUUUGCCAUUUGUGAAUCGAUUCAGAAUCAUCCACGUCCACAUGCGAUGCAUAUAAAAUCGAUUCCCCCCAGUUGCAGAAGAAGAGCAUCAGGAGAGUGUGACAUCAGUCUUUUAAUUCCUUCAAGCAUAAGUUGUAUGAGGCCUUGAAAUAUUGUACCAGAAGCAGUUGGUAGCAUUCUCCAAAGAGCAUGGGUUCACAUCUUUAUUCAUUUGAUUUGGGUUGUCAGCUGGUAGUACAGAAAUACUGAUUUUAUAGACACUGUAUUUCCAGUUGUGAAGAAAAUGAAUUGCUCCAAUGAUUUCCUGCUAAUUACUUGGAAAGGAAUAAAAAAAAAUCUUAAGUAAUUGCCUAAGCUGCUCUCUUGGUCACCUACAAAAUCAUAUGGUUAGUGCCAUCAUCAUGAGUUAAUAACAGUGGCUUGUUUUCAGAUUUGAUUUUGCCUUUGCUAACCUUUAGUCACACUGUAUAAGAGGGUGAUUUUUGUCAUUGAUAUGAUCAGCUAACCAUGAAGCAUUUGCUGGAUGACUCGGCAAAAAAAAAGUAAACUAAUGCCAGACUAAUGUCUUCUGAAUGACUGCACAAUUUUCAUAUGAAGAGAAAUGUAAAACUAUGGAAUGGGAAACAUGUGACACGUUCAGAAGACAUGGUGUCUGACAUGUUGCGUUAGCAAACAUGGUGGCCCGACGCCUUAAUGAGAGACACUACUUGUACCACUGUAUGUAUAGCUCAAUAAAUAUUGCCCGUAUCAGUGUA